CGUCUCCCGCUUCCGUCUGUCGGGGUCGUGUGUGUGGAGGGUCCGCACCUCAGGUGAGAGCGCGCGGGCGCCGGGACAAACGUGGAGAACAGACCGGCGCCCCGGUACCUUCCAGGCCUCUGCUGCUGGUUCCUCGGGUCGGGGCUCGGCCCGCGAGCUGCGGGGGGCGCGGGUGCGGCGGCGGCGUGCGGGCCCGGCCGCGCCUUCGUGAACGUGACCGUGAAUCUGCCACGAGCGCGCUCCGCCCGCGGGGCUGCGGUGUCAGCCCGAGCUGCGGAGCCGGAGGACCGGGCCUAAGCCCCAGCUUCUCUGGAGCAAAGCUGCUCUUUCUGUGGCAGAAAGGAGACAGCCUCAGGACAGGAAUCCUGCCUAGAAGAACAGCCCUCUGACUGAGACCUCUUCCCCAGAGCUUCCGAACAGAUGCAGAAGAGCAGAUUCUGAUUUGCUCCACCAGAAGCAGUUUCUACUUCCUUCGCCCAGAGAGAGCCAGACUUGGUGAUGUCUCCAAAUCCAGGAGCCAUCACAGAUUGUGUGACAGUGAACACUGUGGACCAACUUGCAGAAGGUGUUCUCCACAUUCUUCCAAGAACAGCAGAAAAUGAACAUAUUUCAGGAAUUAGUGUCAUUCGAAGAUGUCACUGUGGAGUUCACCCAGGAGGAGUGGCAGCACAUGGGCCCUGCUCAGAGGACCCUGUACAGAGAUGUGAUGCUGGAGAACUACAGCCACCUCGUCUCACUGGGGUACUGCAUUUUCAAACCAGAGAUGAUCUUCAAGUUGGAGCAAGGAGAAGAGCCUUGUUUCUCAGAGGAAGAAUUUUCAAACCAGAGUCACCCAAUUUUAGAAGAUUACAAAGAUAAUGACCUGAUCAAGAGGAACAAAAUCAAAGGCAAAUACUUGGAGCAAGUAAUAAUUAUCAAUAACAGAACCCUGACUAGAGAGGAAGUUUGGGGAAAACCAUUUAAUCUGCACAUAGCUCCUGUUUCUUCAAAAAAAACGCCCUGCAGAUGUGACUCAUCAGGAGUGAAAUUGCAAAGUAUUUCUGAACUUAUCAUUAAUAAUAGAAAUUAUUCAACAAAGAAAGGUUGCUAUAAUGUAUGUAAGAAUUUGCCUUUCAAAAUUAAGUUUGAGAAAACACAGACUGGAGAGAAAUUUUAUGAAUAUAAUAGAAACAUGAAAGCCCUCAGUUAUAAAGAAAAUCUUCCUGAGCAUCAAACUUCGGAGCAAGCUUUUGAAUGUAAUGCAGUUGGGAAAACCUUCUGUGAUAAGGUUGACUAUUCCUGUAAAUAUGAUGAAGUUAGGAAACACUGUAAUAAGAGAACUCUCUUUGACCACAAGAAAACUGGCACAGGGGAGAAACACCCCCAUCUUAAACAAUGUGGGAAAUCCUUCUUUGAAAAGCCAUCUGUGGAGGAGUACAAUGAAUGUAACAUGGCUGUGAAACAUUAUGAAUGUAACACAACUGGAAGUAAUUUCAGCAGGAAAUCACACCUCACUCAACCUCAGAGAACUGUAGCAGGAGAGAGUUCAUUGGUAUGUAGUGACAGAAGACAAACUGGGGAUAAAUCCUUUGAAUAUCAUGAAAAUAGGAAAUCCUACCAGAUAUCAGCCCGCAAAGUACGCCAGAGAGUGCAUUCUGAGAUAAAACCCUAUAAAUGUAAUGAAUGCGGGAAAUCCUUCUGUCAGAAAGGACAUCUCACUCAACAUCAGAGAACUCACACAGGAGAGAAACCAUUUGAAUGUAAUGAAUGUGGAAAAACUUUCUCCCAGAAGUCACACCUCAGUACACAUCAGAGAAUUCAUACAGCAGAGAAACCCUAUAAAUGUAAUGAAUGUGGGAAAACAUUUGUCCAGAAGUCAACGCUCAGGGGACAUCAGAGGAUUCACACAGGAGAGAAACCCUAUGAAUGUAGUGAAUGUGGGAAAACUUUUGUUCAGAAAUCAACCCUCAGAGAUCAUCAUAGAAUUCACACAGGGGAGAAAUCCUUUCAAUGUAAUGAAUGUGGAAAAACUUUUGGCCAGAAGUCAAACCUCAGAAUACAUCAGAGAACUCAUAGUGGGGAGAAAACUUAUCGAUGUAAUGAAUGUGAAAAAUCCUUCUGGCGAAAAGACCAUCUCAUUCAACAUCAGAAAACUCACACAGGAGAAAAACCAUUUAAAUGUAAUGAAUGUGGGAAAACUUUUGCCCGGACAUCAACCCUCAGAGUGCAUCAAAGAAUUCACACUGGGGAGAAACCAUUUAAAUGUAAUGAAUGUGGGAAAAAUUUUGUCCGGAAAGCAAUCCUUAGUGAUCAUCAGAGAAUUCAUACAGGGGAGAAACCCUUUCAGUGCAAUAAAUGUGGGAAAACUUUUGGCCAGAAAUCAAACCUCAGAAUACAUCAGAGAACUCACAGUGGGGAGAAAACUUAUGUAUGCAGUGAAUAUGGGAAGUUGUAUAAGAAGUCAACUCUUAGGUGUAUACCAGAGAAUUCAGGGAGAGGGGAACCCUAUUGAUGUAAAUACUGUAGAAAGUCCUUCUGACCAAAAGACCGCCACAAUAGACAUCAGAAAUAGUCAUGGGAAAAACCAGAUGAAUGCAGUGAUUGUAAGAAAACAGUCCCAGAAGACAGUCCUCACAAUAUAUCAGAGAAUUCCCACAGGAGAGAAACCAUAUGAAUAUAGGAAGAACUUGUCCAAAAGGCAAUCCUCAGGGUAUAUCGAAGAAUUUACACAGGCUUCUGUUUCAUUCAAGGAACUAUGGAAAGUCCUUUUGAAUGAAGUCAUACCCUGUUAGAUAACUCCCACACAUCUCUCCACCAGUGCCAACUUUAUUUUUCCUCUAGGCACAUAGCUAGUCUAAAUUCCACAAUCUCCCUUUCCUCUAAGUGGGGCUUUUUGACUGGAAUGUGGGUGUCCAGGAUGUACACCACAUCCAGGACUUGCCUGACAAACUGCCAGGGCCCUGUCAGAAUGAAACUGGUGCAAUCUUGAGGACAACCUUAGUGUGAUGCAUUAACGUGGCACAGCAUGAGAUAAAAGAACCCAGGGCUCCCGAAUACAUCUGUGGAGCAAAAUUCUUCCCUUCCACAUCUUUACCAUUUGAACAUCUCCUGAGAAAAAUUUAAGCUUGUAUUUUAUUGACCUCUUACAUGUUUGGGUCUAUUUGUUUCUACAUGUAAUUUAGAUAUCCUUCUGCUAGGAAAGCAGGAAACUGCUGUGUAAGCCAAACUUAAGUCAGCCAGAAGGUUCAGACCUUAUCAGAAGGUUACUAAGUCAAGGAGUCCCUCAAAGAUCAUAAGGAAAUUUAUACAAUAAGCAUCCUUUCAGUGCAAUGAAAUAGGUGGUACCACUUGAUACAGGGCUUUGGAUGAACCUAAAAUGUUAGACGUUUUAUUGGUUGAAAGGUGAGCAGCCACCAUGCAGCUCUAAGUAAAUAUGCCUUGUUGGCACAAAGCCACUCUUUACAUCUCCUGACACCUUCGUAUACCCCAAGCACAACUACUUUAAGGAGAAAGAGGUUUCCCUGCUCCAACGGAGACCAAAGGCUGUUGGCAUCCAUUCAGGUAUUCUGGGGAACUUCUGAGGAGGGGAAGGACUCAAACUUUUAUCAAUCCAAUGGAUACAACUGUGGAGUGUACAUAAAGCAAAUGUAUUUCACAGGGCCUGGUUUUCCAAAGCCUUGCAGUUUCAAAUGUUAACCUUGCAAGAGACAGGAAAUUUUCCCCAGGCCAUAGUCUCUGUUGUAAGAAAAAGAAUUGUAACACAGCAAGGUUGCCAGCUCAAAGACAGGUUACUGACUGAUAUGUGAAGGUACUGGGAAAUUGCUGUAAGAAGAGAGUGUUUGCUAAAAUCAAGCUUUUGUUGGUGGAUCGACUUAACUUCUUGCAAAUUGCAUUGUGGAAUGUCACCUUGCUUGUCUUACUGAAUGUUACCAGCUUCUGUUGUUAAACUUGUUAAACUGUACUUAGCAAAAACCCCACCUAUCUUCUCUUCCUGUAACUUGCUGGUCUGGAGAAUAAAUGCAGGAAGAGAACCCCAAUUCAUGGUUAGUUUCCCAAACGGAAGGAAUGCCUCUCUUUUGAGGGUUCCAGAAGAUUAACCCCUUUUCAGGGCUUCUCACUGCGCAGAAGAGAUGGGCUUUGAGUAAUCUUUGGCGACUCCAGCACCCAGGGGAAAAGGUGACAUCCAUGGGAGGCAAAGCAACAUACAAGUACCCAGUCAAUAUCUCACUAGUUCCUAUGAGGGUAGGGAGCACCUAGAUUUAGCUAAUGGGGUUUCUAUAGGAUUCACACAGUAGGGAAGGGAAGCAAAUGUAACCUUAUGUGUGGGGCUCUUGGGGCAACUGUAAUGCUCUGUGGUCCCUUCUACGUCUGAAAUCGUAGUAGGAGUUAAUAUAUUAUAUGCUAUAUUUCCCCUAAAUCAUACAGAGAAUUCUCCCAGUCAGGAAUAUUUGCACAUAAAGAAGAUACCC